AUGUCGCAAGAAAGUCUAUCAACAAGCAAUCUUCAGGCCCUGGUCCUUCUACAGCGACAAUACUUUGCGCUUUACCCGCCAUAUCUGUUGACGCUUCCCGACAAUCGGCUUCUCGCCUCCCCACUUGGGCAAGAAUUCAUCAUUCAACAGUUUCUUGGAGGAAGAGAAGGGGAGGACGGAGGAGUCUCUUGGAUCAGGGACUUUCAGCCCGAACAAGGGUACCAAGCAAAGUUCUGGAGGAGAGUAGUGGCUGCUAUAGAGAAUGGUGUAGCUAUUGGCGGUCAUCAACAAGGCGACGAGUGGGCUGUAGACGAUGACAUCUAUGAUCACGUGUCGAAUCUCAUGGUAUCGUCCUCUACAGGGUUCCAAGUACCCAGACCGUCGUACAGGACAUUUAUAUACGACCUGCCGGCAAAGACGCAACCUCAUGCGGAGUGUACCGAGGACAAGAACGGCGGACGUAUAACACUGUUGGAAGAACAGAUUGUCAUACAAAGCGGUACCACGGGACUGCGAACAUGGCAAGUCUUUCAACAUCUGACUGCAGCUCUGCAUCUGGGCCACCAUCUAAUUCAAAACUUGUCGACUUUGUUACCUCCACUAUUUGCAUCGAAUACAGGUUUCAUCGAGAUAGGUGCAGGAACUGGUCUCAUUUCGAUCCUUCUAUCACAUCUGGGAUUCCCUGUCAUUGCGACAGAUUUGGGCGAUAACGAGCAAGACUUGGAAUCGGAAAGCAGCUUCAGGACGCCUUUAGGUCGUCUCCACACCAACCUGUCGUUGAACUCGUACAACAACGAGCCACCGGAAAUACACCAUCUGGAUUGGUUUGAUGCUCGAAAGGAGCCCAGCGACCCGUCAUACGAUCACAAAUGGGCUGAUCUGGUACAAGCGAGACGGAAUGUGAUUGCUGCAGAUGUCAUCUACGACCCGGAUCUUGUACCGCCUCUCGUCGAUUCCAUUGAUGUCUUGCUGGGGAGCGCGAAGGAUCAACUAUGCGCCGUCGUGGCUGCUACUGUAAGAAACGAAACGACAUUUGAAUCAUUCUUGGCGCAAUGCGCUCAGUACCAUCUUACUGUAAAAGAUAUCGAGCUGCCGCCUAUACCAGACGCAAAUCCGACCUUUUGGGAUUCUGCUCUAGACGCUGGAACAAGAGUUGCAAUCAUGCGAAUCACCAAAGAGACCAGGUAG